GAUUAGCAAUUCCAUAUGUUUCUCCAUUACUUGCUGAAAGUUUGGGUGGUUUACCACCAAUUUUAGUGCAAGUAGGUGAUGUAGAAGUAUUAAGAGAUCAGAAUAUUUAUUUGGCUUAUAAAGCCGCUAAUCCAGAAAAAUACAGUUUGCCAAAUUACAAUGCUGAAAAGUUUGAAAAGUCACCUUAUAAAACGCCUACAAAAGUUAUUCUUGAGGUUUAUGAAGAAAUGCCUCAUGACUUCCAGCUGCUUUGGGACAUACAUCCAUCACAAAAGAUAGCCAUGAAACGAGUGAAUGAAUUUAUUGAACAAUUAUUAUCAGGCGAAGAAGGGGAGAAAGGAUUAAAAGCCUUACGUGUAACGGGUAAAGGUGAAAUUAUCGAAGAAUUAAAAGAGGAGCAUUACAAGGUACUUGAAUGUGAAAAUAUUGGUGUUGUUUCUAUUGGAAAGCUUCGUGGUUAUAGACGUAACAAUAACAAUCAAUGA